AAGAAAUGCUCAAAAAAUACAUAUGCAAUCAUUUAAAUAUGGUUUUAUGAAUAUCAGGAGUUAUUCAGAUAUUCCCAAGAGAAAAUUUAAUCAUACAUCUUUAAAUCUUUUUAAAAAGCAGAAAUUACCAAAAAAUACUAUUAUAAAAUUUGUACCUCAACAAGAAGCUUGGGUUGUAGAAAGAAUGGGCAAAUUUUACCGUAUUCUUGAUCCAGGAUUGGCUAUUUUAGUACCUUUUCUAGAUAAAAUCAAGUAUGUCAAGUCUCUGAAAGAAAUUGCUAUGGAAAUUCCAUCACAGUCAGCUAUCACAUUAGAUAAUGUAACAUUGGAAUUAGAUGGAGUUUUAUAUGUUAAAAUUCUAGAUCCAUACAAAGCAUGUUAUGGGGUAGAAGAUGCUGAAUAUGCAGUUGCACAAUUAGCACAGACAACAAUGAGAUCAGAAAUAGGUCAAUUGGCUCUUGAUCAUGUUUUAAAGGAACGUCAGAUGCUAAAUAUCAAUAUUACUGAAGCAAUUAAUGAGGCUGCUGCUGAUUGGGGUAUUAAAUGUUUAAGAUAUGAAAUUAGAGACAUUCAUCCUCCACAAAAUGUAUUAUUAGCAAUGCAUAGACAAGUCUCAGCUGAACGUUCUAAAAGAGCUGAAAUACUAGAAUCUGAAGGUCAAAGACAAUCUUGUAUCAAUAUUGCUGAAGGACAAAAACAAAGUCAAAUACUUAAUAGCGAAGCUAUUAAACAAGAAAGUAUUAAUAAAGCAACUGGUGAAGCUGAAGCAAUCCUUCUAAAAGCUGAAGCAACAGCAAAAGGUAUUUCUGCUAUUGCUUCUGUUCUUUCUGAAAAUCCAAUGGGAACUGAUGCAAUUAAUUUAAGAAUCGCUGAAAAAUAUUUAGGCGCUUUUGGAAAUCUUGCUAAAGAAAGUACAAGUAUCGUAGUCCCUGCAAAUUUAAAUGACAUCAAUGGAAUGGUUGCACAAGCUUUAACAAUUAUUAAUAAAUUAAAUCAAAAUACUACUCAAAAAAAACAAUCACAUUCACAUAACUCAAAUACUUCUUCUUCUUCUCAAAAUUUAUCUACUUCAUCUAAUCAACUUAAUACUUCUUAACCUUCUACUCGAUACUACCAUAUAUCUUACUAUACGGCUUAUUUCAAAAAAAA